AGCCAAGGUAAAAGGGGAUCAGCCAUUUGAAAAGAAGCCUGUGUGCCACCAGGAUGCCUAUGAAGUGGAUUUCAGUUCUGCUGCUGCUACAGCUGAGUGGUCACUUCAGCCCUGGGAGUUGUGGAAAGGUGCUGGUGUGGCCCACAGAAUACAGCCAUUGGAUCAACAUGAAGACCAUCCUGGAUGCACUUGUCCAGAGAGGUCAUGAAGUGACUGUUCUGACAUCUUCAGCUUCAAUUCUUGUUGAUCCCAAUAAACCAUCUGCUAUUCAAUUUGAGAUUUUUCCUACAUCUUUAACAAAAGAUGAUAUGGUUUAUUUUUUCAUGAGGCUGAUCAAUAAAUGGACAUAUGAUCUGCCAAAAGAUACGUUUUGGACACAUAUUUCACUAAUGCAAGAAAUGUUUUGGGAAGGUUCUGACUUGAUUGAAAAGCUAUGUAAAGAUGUAGUUUUGAACAAGAAACUUAUGACAAAGCUACAGGAAUCAAGGUUUGAUGUCGUUCUUGCAGAUGCCAUUGGACCCUGUGGUGAGCUGCUGGCUGAGCUACUUAAAAUACCUUUUGUGUACAGUCUCCGCUUCUCUCCUGGCUAUAAAAUUGAAAAGUACAGCGGAGGACUUCCAUUCCCUCCAUCCUACGUACCUGUUGUCUUUUCAGAAUUAAGUGAUCAGAUGACAUUCAUGGAGAGGGUAAAAAAUAUGGUCUAUGUGCUCUAUUUUGACUUCUGCCUGCAAACAUAUAAUCAGAAGAAGUGGGGUCAAUUUCUGAACGAAGUACUAGGAAAACCCAUUACAUUAUUUGAGUUAAUGGGGAAAGCUGAAAUGUGGCUUAUUCGAACUUAUUGGGAUUUUGAAUUCCCUCGCCCACUCUUGCCACAUUUUGAAUUUGUUGGAGGCCUCCACUGCAAACCUGCUAAGCCUCUGCCUAAGGAAAUGGAAGAGUUUGUCCAGAGCUCUGGAGAAAAUGGUAUUGUGGUGUUUUCCCUGGGGUCGAUGGUCACUAACAUGACAGAAGAGAAAGCCAAUGUGUUUGCAUCAGCCCUUGCCCAGGUUCCUCAAAAGGUUAUAUGGAGAUAUGAUGGCAAAAAACCAGAUACCUUAGGGCCAAAUACCCGGCUCUAUAAAUGGAUCCCCCAGAAUGACCUUCUUGGUCAUCCAAAAACCAAAGCCUUUAUAACUCACGGUGGAGCCAAUGGCAUCUAUGAGGCGAUCUACCAUGGGAUCCCUAUGGUGGGCCUUCCUAUGUUUGCGGAUCAACCUGAUAACAUUGUUCGCAUGAAGACCAAGGGAGCAGCUAUCAGAUUGGACUUCAACACUAUUUCAAGUACAGAUUUACUCAAUGCAUUGAAGACUGUCAUUAAUGACCCUUCAUAUAAGGAGAAUGCUAUGAAAUUAUCAAGAAUUCAUCAUGACCAGCCUAUGAAACCUCUAGAUCGAGCGGUCUUCUGGAUCGAGUUUGUCAUGCGCCACAAAGGAGCCAAACACCUGCGACCAGCCUCCUACGACCUCACCUGGGUCCAGUACCACUCUUUGGAUGUGAUUGGGUUCCUGCUGGCCUGUGUGGCAAGUGCUACAUUUGUCAUCACAAAAUGUUGUCUGUUGUGUUACCAGAAGUUUGCUAAACCAGGAAAGAAGAAGAAAAGGGAGUAGUUGUUUCAGAGUCCUGAAGCUGAUUUGCCUCAUAAAUGGGACUCCUUCAGUUUAUUCAGCACAAUGAAGUUCUAACAUAAGGAUCCCUUCUUCCUGUGACAAAAUCACUUCACAAUUUAGCUUCUAAGAUCAACAUUUGUUUUCAAGUGAUUUAGAUAAAAGUUUAUUUCCAAGUGGUUUACUACCUAUUUGAGGUAGAAAUAUUUCAUUCCAAAGAGAAAAAUCUUGGAAAAAUUAAAAAUAACUAACUCUUUGGGACUAUAUUGAACUUUACUGCUCUAAUUCACAAGCAAUACAAAAAAUAUUAUUGAGUUAAACAGUGUUUUAAAUAUUGCACAUGACACAAAAAGCAUGAAGAAGUCUACUCAUAGUAUCCAUAGUAUUUUGCACUCAGAGUAUUUUAACUAGGAAUUCUGUAAAAAGGUUCACCCUUCCAUUUCAUUUUGGGAGACUAGUAAUGCUCCCUGGCUUUUAUUAUACAUCCAACCUCAGAAUCACUUCUUACCUAAAGACAUGGCAAGUCAUUUGCCUUCAUGCAGUUUAGCUCAUUUUCUAAUGGAAUAUUCAUUGAAUUAGAAAGCUAUUUGCUUUCUAUUAUAAAGUUGAGCUAUUUAUGAAAAUCUUCUAUUUCAAAAACUAAAUUAUCUCUUUCUUGUGGCCUUUAAAAAUGUUCACCUGACCUGAUUGCUUUCACUCUCAUUUUCAGCCUUUAAUAAUGGAUGUCAAGCCCCAAUUGUAGAUUAAGUUAAUAUAGAACCUGUACUCAUAUAAGGACUUAUUGUAUUUUCAUCCUCUCUAAAUUUGUAUAUGUAUAUAUAUUUCUUUCAGAAUAAGAUGGAUCAUCACUUAUCUAUUGACAGAUAUAAUGUGAAAUUUAAUGUUUUGGUUGAGCACAAUUUGAAAUAAUGAUGAUUAUUCUAUGUAACUAUACUAGAUUGGCAUAUCUGUCUCAUUCUUUUGUCUCUUUCCUCAGGACAUUGUUGCCCCAUUCCUCCCAUAGCUCUUAUAUGUAAAGAUUCAAUUCUUUGUUGUGACAAAAUAAUUAUCAUUUUUAUUAAACCUGGGCACACUAUGACUGACUUAAUAUGUACCAAUGAAAAGAAUACAAAAAUUACAUAAAUAUUAAGGGAAAUUGGUAAAUCAAACCAAAGGAAUCUGAAAGUUCUCCUAAAACCUGCACAUCAGGACAACACUUUAUAAACAAAUUGGUCCAAGAUAGGAAAAUCAUUUAUCGAUCUUCAUUGGCCAAGAAGACCACCAUCAAAGUCUUACAACAAACAAUUUCCAGAUGAAGGCAUAAAAUUUAUUUUGAAAA